GUUCUUUGAGCCGAGGGCCAGCUAGGCCUCUGUUACUGCAUGGCCCGAGGGGCUUUAUCCAAGGGCCUCACCCCUUCGACCCGUCCUCGACUGGCUCCUGGGCCCUCUUACAGUUUAGAGGGUUCUGAGUGGGGGAAGAGGCCAGAAAAACCGAAGAGAAAAUACGCCGUCCGGCCAAGAGGUGUGCGGGGCCCUGUCCCCUCCUCCGAUUGGCUAGGGGUGUCCUGUUCCCUGUCUGUGAUUGGCUGCUCCCACAAAGAUGCCGCCGGCGAGCUCAUUGGCUCCGGCCCUGUGGGCGGGGCCUCGGAAUCCUGCAGGAGAAACCAAGGAGCUGGGUGCUGCUGAGGCCUAGGUCUCCGAGCCGGCGCCUUCAGUGGCUCCGCCUGGUUUUAUUCAUAUUCUGAGGAGGGUGUGACAGGAGCCAUGGAUCCUGCAGCAUUGGUGGAAGCCGUUGUAGAAGAAGUGGCCUGUCCCAUCUGCAUGACCUUCCUGAAAGAGCCCGUGAGCAUCGACUGUGGCCACAGCUUCUGCCACAACUGUCUCUCUGGACUCUGGGAGGUCCCAGGAGAAUCCCAGAACUGGGGUUACUCGUGUCCCCUCUGCCGGGCUCCCGUCCAGCCAAGGAACCUGCGGCCUAAUUGGCAGCUGGCCAACGUUGUAGAAAAAGUCCGACGGCUAGGGCUGCAUCCAGGAAUGGGGCUGAAGGGCGACGUGUGCGAGACCCACGAGGAGCAGCUAAAGAUGUUCUGCAAAGAGGAUGGCCUGAUCGUGUGCGAGGCCUGUGGCCGGUCCCCCGAGCACGAGGCCCACAGUGUCGUGCCCAUGGAGGAUGUCGCCUGGGAUUAUAAGUGGAAACUCCAUGAGGCUUUGGAACAUCUGAGGAAAGAGCAAGAAGAGGCCUGGAAGCUGGAAGUUGGUGAGAGGAAACGAACUGCAAACUGGAAGAUACAGGUGGAAACCCGAAAGCAGAGCAUCAUAUGGGAGUUUGAGAAGUACCGGCGAUUACUAAAGAAAAAACAGCCACCAGGUCGGCGGCUGGAAGUAGAGGCCGCCGCCGCUCUGGCCAGCCUGGAGCAGGAGGAAGGGGAGACCACGCAGAAACUGGGGGUGAGUCACAACGCACUCAUCCAGCAGAGCCGGGUCCUGUGGAGGAUGAUCGCAGAGCUGGAAGAAAGGUCUCAGAGGCCUGUCCGCUGGAUGCUGCAGGGUAUUCAGGAAGUCUUAAACAGGAGCAAGUCUUGGAGCCUGCAGAGACCAGAACCAGUCUCGCUGGAGCUGAAGACGGACUGCCGUGUGCUGGGGCUCAGAGAGAUCCUGAAGACGUAUGCAGCGGAUGUGCGGCUGGAUCCAGACACUGCUUAUUCUCGCCUCAUCGUGUCUGAGGACAGAAAAUGCGUGCGCUAUGGAGACACCAAGCAGAAGCUGCCCGACAAUCCUGAGAGAUUUUACCGCUACAAUAUCGUCCUGGGCAGUCAGUGCAUCUCCUCGGGUCGGCACUACUGGGAGGUGGAGGUGGGAGACAGGUCUGAAUGGGGCCUGGGAGUGUGUAAGGAAAAUGUAGACCGGAAGGAGGUGGUCUAUUUAUCCCCCCACUACGGAUUCUGGGUGAUCAGGCUGAGGAAGGGCGAUGAGUACCGGGCAGGCACCGACGAAUACCCACUCCUGUCCUUGCCCGUCCCUCCCCGCCGGGUGGGAGUCUUCCUGGAUUAUGAGGCCCAUGAUAUCUCCUUCUACAACGUGACUGACAGCGGCUCCCACAUUUUCACUUUCCCCCACUAUCCCUUCCCUGGGCGCCUCCUGCCCUAUUUCAGUCCUUGCUACAGCAUCGGAGCCAACAACACCGCUCCCCUGGCCAUCUGCUCCCUGGACGGGGACGACUAAGAGAGCCACCAUUUUACCCAGAGGCCUUGGAAUGUCGCCUGGCCCGCAGGGGUCUUGGAGGACCCUGCCCCUGAUGAGUGUCCCCUGGAACUGAGCUGAGCCUGGAACCCAGGGAUUCCUCUGCCUGACCCAGUGGUGUGUCGCUACCGGGCCAGUCUCCCACUAAACCACUCAUGUUAAAAAGCUGAGGCUCGGCAAAAGGAGCAUCGCACCCCCGCGGGAAGUAUGACAAGGCUUUUGGUGAGGAUCACAGCGGCUCUAAGGACCAGGAUAGUGCUUUCUGCAGGUCACGCCCCUCUUCCCCGUCCCUGUCAGUGCCAUAAUUCAGUGAGGGUGAUGAAUUAGAUCCGAUCUUCAGGAAACCCAUUGGGUCAGGUUUACCGACAAGCCAGAAGAAUACUGUCCGUGUCCAGAGCUGGUUGCUGUGCUGAUAGCAGCAGGAGGAUGCUUCACCUGAGGUGUACUGAGGUGCCUCUGAGCACCCAUAUUUCACCCCAACUCUCUGACCUCCCAGCUAGAGAAAUGCAUCACCAAUUGCCCAGACCGCCCCAGUGGCCAUCUCCUCUCUGAGCACAAGCUGGGCAAGUCACUAAUCUCAGACUGUAAUGAGAGCUGUGUCCUGGUCCUGCCCUUUUCUCUAAAUGUCAGAAUCGGAAAACCUGUGCGCCUUGUUUCUAUUUUCACUUCAUGGAUGAAGAGACUGAAAUGGCCUUAGCGCAGUCAGUUAUUUCUAACAAAGCUGAUGGAAAGAAGAGUGUAUAGAUCAUAAAGUAUUUCUCACAUUCAAAUGAAACCAGACUGACAAACUCACUUCUCAGGUCACAUGUCUGCAUAUCAUUCAUUACAUUCAGGUCUGAAACACCCCAAUGUUUGAAAGAUUUUAAGUGUCCUCAAUGGGAAAAUGGGUAUAGUAACUGCAUACUCUCCUACCUCGCAGGAUUGUUGUGAAGAUCUCAGUUCCAUCCCGUACUUU